UUCAAGCAUUUUUAAUUUUCAAGUUAUUAAAUUCAGCCAUGCAGAACUUUUAUAAUUCUAAUUCCUCUUAUUACUACCUAGCUAUCAUCUUUCUAUUUUUCCUCAUAAUUUUAUUGAAACAUUUGAUUCAUCCAAAAAAACAUUUACCACCUAGUCCUUUGUCUCUCCCAAUAAUAGGCCAUCUUUACCUUAUCAAAAAUUCACUUCACCAAACAUUAACCUCUUUAUCAACUAAAUAUGGUCCGGUUUUAUACCUCCGUUUCGGGUGUCGAAAUAUGUUGAUUGUGUCCUCUUCAUCCUCUGUAAAAGAAUGUUUCACGAAAAACGAUGUUGUAUUUGCAAACCGGCCACAGAGCAUGCUAGGUGACCGGGUUUCUUUUAAUUAUACUGCUAUUUUUUGGGCACCGUACGGUCAACUCUGGAGAGUUCUCCGCCGUCAAACGGCGAUUGAACUCUUCUCUUCAAACAGUCUUCAAAAGUCUUCUUUAAUUCGAAAUGAAGAAACUGGGAUUUUGAUUCGCUCUUUGUUUAAAGCCAGUGAAAAGAAUACACGUGGCGGUACUAGGGUUGACUUGAGUUAUUGGGCUUUUACAUUUGUGUUUAAUGUUAUGAUGAGAAUUGGUACUGGAAAAAGUUGUGUGAGUGAGGAAGUUAUAGGAAUGGAAAAGGGGAAAAAGAUUAUUGAAGAGAUGAGGAGUGUUUUCUUUGCAAAUUUGUUGGUUUUAAACGUGUGUGAUUUUUUGCCAAUUUUGAAAUGGUUUGGUUAUAAAGGGAUUGGGAAAAAAAUGGACUUAACGAGUAUGAAGAGAAAUGAAUUUUUAAACAAAUUACUUGACGAAUUUCGACAGAAAAAAAGUAGUAGUAGUAGUAGUGAUCAUGGAGCUAAGGGGAAGAAGGCGACACUAGUUGAAACUUUAUUGUCUCUGCAGGAAUUUGAACCUGAAUUCUACACGGACGAUCUCAUUAAAAGUCUUCUAAUGGUUUUGUUUGUUGCGGGAACAGAGACCACAUCAAUGACCAUUCAAUGGGCAAUGCGACUUCUUUUAGCUCACCCUAAAGCAUUUCAAAAAUUGAGAUCCGAAAUUGACAACAAUGUAGGGAACGAGCGCUUAUUAAACGAAUCCGAUUUAACUAAUCUUCCUUAUUUACAAUGUGUUAUAAACGAGACGUUGCGAUUAUACUCUCCAGUACCACUUCUAUUGCCUCACUACUCAUUAGAAGAUUGUACUGUUGGUGGCUACGAUGUACCAAAAAAUACAAUCCUAAUGGUUAACGCUUGGGCCAUUCAUAGGGACCCCGCGUUAUGGGACGAGCCUGAAAAGUUCAUGCCAGAGAGAUUUGAGGCUAUGGAAGGGGAAAAAGAAGGAUUUAGUUAUAAAUUUGUACCGUUUGGUAUGGGGAGAAGAGCAUGCCCUGGAGACAAUAUGGGUAUGCGUACUGUUUCAUUGGUAUUGGGUUCGUUGGUUCAAUGGUUUGAUUGGAAAAAUGUGGAAUUAGAUGAAAAUUAUAGUAAUAUGGAUGAAUACUAUAAUUCUAAAGUAAUUUCAAGUAAGGAUAAGCCUUUUGAGGCUAUUUGCAUUCCUCGUUAGAAUUAAUUUCGAGUAAGAAUUGUGUGUUGUGUAAUAAAUAAGUAUGCUAGAUGGAUCUUGGUGUGUGUUUAUGUGAUAUAUAAGGAUUUUAUCUUUGUGUUUUUAUGGAAUGUACUAUCCAAAUAAGAUCAAUAUUG